AUAAUUUCAUCAAAGAUAUCAGAGUGCUGCUUAAAAUGUUACCUUCAUUUUCAGCUACAAAUGGAUCCUAUUCUUCCGAAGUAAAUCUUAUUCCAGAAAAUGCUGUUGAUGGAUCUGCUCGAGCUUAUGUAUCUGUCUCAAGUGAUCUGAUGGCUCAAGCUUUGAAUGGAUUGAAGAAUUUGGUUAAAUUACCUGUUGGCUGUGGAGAGCAAAAUAUGAUUCUUUUUGUACCAAAUAUCUUUGUUUUGGAUUAUUUGACAGCUACAGAUAAAAUCACAAAGGACUUAAAAGAAGAAUGUAUGAAUAACAUGAUAAAAGGUUAUCAAAGAGAACUACAGUACCGACGUAACGAUGGUUCUUACAGUGCAUUUGGGAAAUCAGAUAGAGAAGGAAGCCUCUGGUUAACCGCUUUCGUUCUUAAAUCAUUUGGUCAGGCAAGAAGAUUUAUGGACAUAGAUGAAAAUGAUCUGCUAAUAAGUUCGCAGUGGAUACUAAACCGGCAGCUUAGAAAUGGAUGUUUUGAACCUUCCGGAAGAAUCAUCAAUAAAGAAAUUAAGGGUGGCCUCAGUGGAGGAGAACAGUCAUUCGCUCCUCUGACAGCGUACGUCCUGAUAAGUCUGUUAGAAUCUUCAGCAGAGAGCCCGAGCCAGUUUGCAGCCGCAAGAAACGCUCUAAAAUGCUUAGAAGCGGAUGCAAAUCCCAGCAAUUAUUCAUUAGCUCUAUUUGCUUAUGCUACCGCUCUUUCUAAAGAGACGGAUAUCGCCAAGCAACAUUUAAAAGUUUUGGAUGAAAGGGCUAUUAUUAAAGGUGGUAAUAAAUAUUGGGAGACAAACCACAAGUCGAAAUCAGUCAGUGUGGAAAUUGCGGGAUAUUACGUCCUCGCUCUUCUGGAACUAUACGAGCGAGAUGGUAUUCUUGCAUCUCGACCUGUUGUGAAAUGGAUUGCUCGACAAAGGAAUUCUAAUGGAGGUUUCGUGUCUACUCAAGACACAAUAGUUGCCUUACAAGCUCUGGCCAAAUAUUCCGCCUUAACUUCCAAAGCAACUGUGGAUAUAGAUUUAGUCCUAAAAAGUGAUGAACUUAUUCAAAACUUCAAACUGGAUGAAAAUAAUAGGCUGGUAACUCAAACAGCAAACAUCCCGGUCUUACCAACUGUUGUUGCCUUCCAAGCUGUAGGAGGUGGAUGUGCCUUAGUGCAAAUUUCUUUGCGAUACAAUGUAAAGACUGUUCUGGGAAGUGAUGCCUUUGACCUCCAUGUUAAAGCUGUUCGUCAAGGAAGCAACAACUGUAACUCACUGCGCAUUGACAUUUGCAUGAGGUACAAGGAUACUGAUGGAUCAUCAAAUAUGGUCGUAGUUGCAGUAAAGAUGGCAUCAGGCUUUAUACCAAGUGAAAUGAGUCUUGAUAAGCUGCUGUCAAAUCAAACGAUACGACUGAAGCGUUAUGACGUGGAAGGCAAUCUCGUGAAUUUGUACUUUAAUGAACUUACGAAUGAACUUAAAUGCUUCAGUUUCUGUAUAAAGAAUGAAAUUGAUGUUCAAGAUGUAAAACCAGCAAUUGUGAAAUUGUACGAUUAUUAUCAACCUGGUGAGUUUAACGAACCUGAAUAUAUAAUUGCUUAA